CAUGCGAAGUCGAUCACACGGAAACAACGAGAGGCCACCGUCAAAAAGGAGACAGUCACCCAACGGGCCAUUGAGAUCUACAACGAGGAGCAGAAGAAGCCGGAGAGUGAACGGGAGGGGCUGCGUGGAUGUUGCCGAGCUGCCGAAGAUGAGUACUUCCGAGCUAAGAACGUCGUUGUGCAGGUCAAUCACAACACGGUCAAUGCACGGAGGAAGGGGCGAAAAAGCGUCCGCGAGGCUCGCGAGGAUGACACGUUGGAGACACCGGGCCAGACCAAGUACAUGCUGGAGUACUUGGUCGAAGUGGCUGAUCGCGGAUUUCCUAUGGUUCAUCGACGUUUCCGAGAGCUCGCCGACCGGGUCUUGAAGUCAACACUUGGGCCAGACUUCAAAGGCGUGGGCGAAAACUGG